AUGCCUGGAGCCUCCUUGGGGAACAAGUCAACUGGGCGGGCGCUGGAGCGUCUUCAACCUGCUCUUCCUAAGAGUCCAAGAGGUCGCCCUCCAAAGAAAGCCUCUCCAGGAGCUGUCCAGAAGAUUCGAAACAACACGGAGAAAACUCGUGGACGUACCAGCAAAGUACCCCCGUGCCCUAGGAAGAAAAAAGCUCCAGCUGAUACCACCGUUGAAAAGAAUGGAAAGGAAGUCGAAGUGAAGAUACCUGACAAAUUAAAGUCGUGGCUUGUUAUGGACUGGGACUUGGUUACUAAGGAGAAGCAGUUAUUCAAACUCCCUGCUAAGAAGAAUGUGGAUGCUAUUCUCGGAGAGUACGCAACUUGUAAGAAACUGCAGGGAAAUGCCGAUGAUAAGGAGAACGCCGUUGAUGAAUUGGUGGCAGCAAUACGAGAGUAUUUCAAUGUGAUGCUCGGCAGACAGCUCCUUUGCAAGUUUGAAAAGGUCCAGUAUGCUGAAAUCCUCCUGACUCAGCCUGAUGUUCCAAUGUCUCAGGUUUAUGGGGCGCCACACCUCCUGAGAUUAUUUGUGACUAGCGGAGGAAAGUUGGCCCAUUCGUCUCUUGAUAGACAGAGCCUCGAAUCAGUCUCGGGCCACCUGCAUGAUUUCCUUGACUAUCUGGCUGAGAAUUCUGCUUCUCUGUUUCGUGCCAGCGAUUACAAAGUGGCUCCUGCCGAGUACAUCCGCAAAGCCCUGUGA